GUGCUGUUGCUUACAUCAAGAAUGAGGCCGCUGCUUCAGCAUGCUUCUCGCGCCAUAUCCGCCAAUGCCGCUCCUGUAGUGCGCCCGUCCACCGUCCGAUCCUUCACCAGCUUCAUCAAGAGGCAGCCAUCAAUAUGCGUCCAAUGUCAAUUCCGAGCUUCGGUAGUCCGGUCGGCAUUCGAUAGCUCACGCUUGCCCCGUCGUUAUUUUCAUCAGACCCCAAAUGAUGACAGGAAGCCCUUCGACGAGAAGAAGCCUACCGAGCUGCCUGGAGAACCUCCUCUCGAAACACAAAUACCACCCAACGCCAACGAGCCAAUUCUGAUCGAGCCUACCACCAGACCAAGCGAGGAGAAUGUAGACUCGUCGUAUCCACCGGCUGGCGGUGAAGCUAUCGAGGAGAAACCAAAGGUCACACCUAAAAAAGAGCAAGUCGUGGACAACAUCGAUAGGGUGCCGGCGGAGAAGCUACCCUCGCACAUGGAGUCGCAGAGAUGGAACUUCCAUAAGCGCUUGAAUGAGCUCAUGGACGAGUUAUUGCCCAAAUUAGCCGACGUUACGCAGAAAGUCAACACGUACACUGGAACAGACUAUACAGGCAUUCAAGCGCUGAAACAAGAGAUCAAAGACCAAGAAAAGCUGGUAAAAUCCCGCCGUGGGGUAAUCGAGGAGGCCAAGCAAGCUCUUGAUGCCGCGCACUCCCAAGCUGCCGCCUCGCAGAAAGAAGUGGUCGCCCUUCUGGAACGGAAACACUCGUGGUCAGCAACGGACCUUGAACGAUACAUGUCUUUGAUACGUUCAGAACACGUCAACGAUCAAGCGGUACGGGAAGCGAAGGAGGCCAUUACUGCUGCUGAAAAUGCCUUGGAAGAAGCUCGCUCGCAGUUGGAGAAGCGAGAGCGUGCGCAAUACCACGAGGAGCAAAUUUGGAGCGACACUAUCCGCCGAAACAGCACAUGGGUUACUUUUGGCCUGAUGGGACUCAAUAUCUUCUUGCUUUUGCUAUCAUUGCUGAUCUUUGAGCCCUGGCGAAGGCGACGGAUGGUACGAGAGAUCAAGGCCGCGCUGGAAGCUCACAAAACAUCCAUGGAACCCAUAAUGAACCCUUCCCUCCAAGCUGCUGCCCCAGCCGCAGCCAUCGAGGCUAAGGUUGAGGAAGCCGUCCAGCUAGCAGAGCCAGUGGCCGCCACCCCAGAACCCGUCACGCCUAUCACACCCCCUGCAUCGCCUGACGCCGCGAGUCCCGUACCCGAGAAACUGGAAACCGCCGUAGAAGAGCUCUCUGAGUCUCCAGUAGUCCCUUUACCACUCGUUCCGGAGCCGGCUGUUCCUGAAGCAGUCCCGCUCACUCCGGCAGGAGUGUCUCCUCAAGAAACCAUCAACAUCGAACAGGAAGUCAAAGAAGAAGUCCAAUUUCCUCCUGUCCAGGGAACGUGGCAGGACAAGGUAAAAUUCAUUGCCAAAGACAUCAUUAGCGAGCGAGAGAUUUCAAUGCGUCGGUUGGACUUUACCAACUACAUCAUCUCGAGCGCAGCUGCGGGCGCUAUUAUUGCGGCGGCGGUUGUAGGGCUUUUCACUGCCAGAUGAAGGAAUCUCGUUGAGAUCGAUCUUCUGUGGCGCAAAGCUAUAUAACCAUCCUUCUUGAUCAAACAAAGAAAAGGCGUCGUUCAGAUAUACGAUACGGGUCACGCAAAUGGAAUAACACCCUGCAUUGCAUAUGCGUAUGUAUAAGUAAGGGUUAUGUUGUAAAUAUUAAAUGUACAAAUCAAUUCAAUUCGUCCGAAUGCUGCUUAUUUGGACCAACGUUCUCGGCGACGCACACUAUCUUCAUGUCGUUUUAUGAGCCUACCUAGGUAUAUAUAUCCUAUUCAACCUGAGGAGUAUCCUCGAAGGAAACGCAAAUCUUUG